AUGAUCGACCUUAAACUUGCCGUAUUUUUACCAUCAUCAUACGUUCGACAAAAUGUUCAACAAAUUUCCCAAGAAGACAUUCUAGGAACUUCUCAAGAAAUUACUCAACAUUUUGCCGAAAAAUUACCCGAACUUUCCAAUCAACAUUAUCGAACACAAUCUCCUGAACUCAAUAAUCAAUAUAAUAGUGGUGGAAAUUCUAGUCAGGCAAUGACAGCCAACCAAUACUCCAAUUUAUUAGCUGCACUAGAGCAUCUUCAUGAUAAUUACGACAGCACCAUCAACAACGUCAUCAUUUGCAGAGAAACGCAAGUAAAGACGGGCAGAAACUUAACAGUAUAA